ACAAAAUCUUUAGUAUCAGUUUCAGCAGCAAAAAAACCCUAAAAAAACCCCUACCCUUUGAAUUCCAUCUUUUGUUAAAACAAUGGGGAAGAAACGGAAGCACAGCGAAACCCAGACAGCUGAACCGAAAAAGAAAGAUGAAGCAGCUCCAGAGAGACCCAAAAGGUCACUUUUCGGUUGGAAAGACAAGGAAGAAGUUCAGCAACAAACUGAGUCCAAUACGGAUCCUCCCCAAGUUUUUAGAAACAAGGAAAAAGUUAUGGUGACUUGUUCACGACGCAUCAAUUACAGGUAUAGGCAUUUGAUGUUGAAUAUGGUUUCACUUUUGCCUCAUUGUAAGAAGGAUAACAAGGUUGAAUCAAGGAGUAGUAAAGGGGCUACCUUGAAUGAGCUUAUUGAGUUGAGGGGUUGUUCUUCUGCUCUGUUUUUUGAGUGUAGGAAACAUCAAGAUCUUUACCUGUGGAUGGCAAGGUGUCCCAAUGGUCCAUCUGUGAAAUUUUUGGUUAACGCUGUUCACACAAUGGAAGAACUGAAGCUCACUGGAAAUCAUUUGAAAGGUUCACGUCCUUUGUUGACCUUCUCGAGCAAUUUUGAGAAAGAUGCUCAUUGGAAGCUUCUGAAAGAGAUGAUCAUACAGAUAUUUGGGACACCAAAGGAGCACAGGAAAUCUAAGCCUUAUCAUGAUCACGUCUUUGUUUUCUCCAUUGCUGAUGACCACAUAUGGUUCCGCAAUUAUCAGAUAUCUGUUCCUCACAAUGAAUCAGACAAAAUGGUUAGAGGGGGACUUGAUAAAAUGACCCUUGUUGAGGUUGGUCCAAGAUUUUGUUUGAAUCCUAUUAAGAUAUUCGCCGGUAGCUUUGGAGGUCCAACGCUAUAUGAGAAUCCUUUCUAUGUCUCACCAAACCAGAUCCGAGCAUUGGAGAAAAGGCAGAAAGCCGGGAAGUAUGCUAAGAAAGUCAAAGCUAAGACAAGGCGGAAAAUGCACGAGCUAUCUAAUCCUUUGGAGCCUGAUGAAUUUGCAGAUAUGUGGAGGGAAUGAUAUCUCAAGAUUCUUGUUCUACAAGUUAAAUCAAAUCAUUAUUGACUAAAAUAGUUUCGCGUUGGCUGCCAAAAAUGGAUUUUAGUCAGCUAUUUUCUCUUCAAAAUUUUGUUAGCAUCAGCAUUCGGUUUUAUCAAUGGAUUGGUUAUACAAAAUUGAUCAGAAUGUAUUUGUAGUAUCAUCUAUCUACGACUUAUGAGCAGAAAUUGGUAUCGUCUACAGUUUCUUUUUA